AUGUCCAAGAACAGCAAGUACCUCCUCCUCUCGCUACCAACCUCGAUCGUCCCCUCGCACCACCGCGACGACGCCCUCGACGCCGUCUCCACCACCGUCUCCCCCGAGAAUGGCUCCGCCGCCUCCUUCCCCAUCCCGGAGUUCAAGAUCGGUACCCUAGAUGCGCUGGUCCAGCAGGCGGAUGAGCUGUCGAAGCUCGAGGGCCAGUGUCAGGGUGUGGUCGCCAAGGUCGGGGAUGCACUGCGGAAUAUCCUGGAUGGGGACGAGGGUCAGAUUGAGCGAAUGAAGGUUGUCAAUGAUAAACCGGUUGAUCAGUACCUGCGGACGUUCCAGUGGAAUAAGGUCAAGUAUCGGGCUGAUAAGUCGCUUUCGGAGUUGAUUGAUCUGCUGCAUAAGGAAGCUGCGAGUAUCGACAACGACAUUCGAUUCAAGUACUCGCAAUAUAACCAGGUUAAGAACACGUUGGCGACGCUCCAGCGGAAACAAACAGGAAACCUCUCCACAAAAUCCCUCGCCUCCGUCGUCGACCCCCGCUCCAUCGUCCAGGAGUCCGAGUUCAUUGAAACCCACCUGAUCGCCGUACCCUCGCAGCAAGUCAAGGAAUUCCUCAAGAGCUACGAAACCGUCGCACCAAUGGUUGUCCCCCGAUCCGCCCAAUUGGUCGCCGAGGACAACGAGUUCUCCCUGUACGCCGUAACGACUUUCAAGAAGCACAGCGUCGAGUUCGUGCACAAGUGCCGCGAGAACAAGUGGAUUCCGCGGGACUUCAAGUACGUCGAGGGCGGGAAGGAAGAGGAGCGCAAGGAGGUUGAGCGCGUUGGAGGUGAUGAGCGGAAGUUGUGGGGGGAGACGUUGCGUCUUGGUCGGACGGCUUGGAGUGAGGCUGUUAUGGUUUGGAUUCAUGUGCUGGUUCUGCGUGUGUUUGUUGAGACAGUUCUGAGGUAUGGGUUGCCUCUGGAUUUCGUGGCUGCUUUGGUUCGGACCCCCUCCUCGAAGCAGGCAGACAAGGCCAAGAAGAACCUCGACGACAAGUACUCAUACCUUGCCGGCAAUGCGUUCGGCCGUGACAAGAAGGGCCGCAUGCAGCGGGAUGAUCCGAGUGAUAUGCAUCCCGGCGGUGAGGGCGCAGGCGCAGAGUACACGCCAUACGUGUUCUACGAGUUUGAGUUUGUCUAG